AUGUCCGACUUGCCCCCCGCCGAAGUGAAUAUCGGUCUCGACCUCGCCCCCGUCUCUACGUCUGGGACCAAAGCCGACUACACAGCCGAGAAUGUCCCCGAGCACAUCAAAAAUAAAGUCAUCGUGGGGAACGUGCUCUACGUCGAUGUCGUCAACGUGGGCGCCAUGGUUGGCACCAAUCUCGAGGACAAGGAGGCUAGAAAUUUGGGCCUCAUCAAGAACCACUGGACAUUCCGGGCACUUCUCGACUUCGGUCGAAGCGGAAAAGACGACAUUGGCCAGGUCAAUUUCGGAAUGGACGUCGAGCAUUCCGCCAGCAUUGGCUCUAACGAGGGCCAAUGCGCCCGGAGCAGCCGCUCGGAUCCUGAAUCUGGAUCCGACAUAGUCUACAGCCCUGUUACCAGCUUCAGCAAGCCCUUCGCUCCGAGCAGCGACGGCAUCUUUCAGGCUGCUCUCCCGCUUGUUCCCGCCACUGGCGAUGGCAGUCACGGGUCGUUUGACUCGCAGUCUGUUGUCAAUAGCGACGUCGAUAGCGUGAGCAAGCCGCCCAACAUCACGUCUAGUGACGGCGUCCUCUUACAGCAGCCCACCGAGGGUGCUCCCCAUCCAGGGGGUUUUAAUAUAAAGAUCCGCGGUCGUACGGAGCCAUCUUGUUCCAUCAUCAGGAAAAGUGCCUAA